AAUAAACAAGUGGGAUGAGUAGUGUUGCGUAAAAACGGAAAUAAGAAAUACCCAUACGUGACGAUAUAAACAGGAUGAUCGUCUCUCGUUUAACAGUUUGGUGACAACAUAAGAAAGUAGUAAGCUGUUUGUACUGAUAAUUUUAAUACUUUUUCAUCAUGGCCUCUCAAGCUCAAACAAAUAUUGGCAAAGUCUUAGGAACUAUUAUUCUGAUACUCAGUUUGGCCACAGCAUCCAAGAUCAAUGAAGAGGAGGAACCUCGAUGUCCAGUGUCGGUCAACCCGUGUAGUUGCGAUGUCAGAAUGUCUGACAUUAUAAUUAAGUGCGUAGGUAUUUACGGAACAGAUCUCCAGAUUGCAAUGACGUCUUUGAAAGGAAUUGAAAUUCAUGAAUUGAGCAUUUCUGAUUCUGACAUCAGUAAUUUCGAACGAGAGUGGUUAGAAGACACAAUUAUACUUCAUCUAACAGCAACUAAUGUCAGUAUAACGGUUGAGAAGGAUGAGCCAACCCCAUUUUAUUACUUGUCUUCUAUAAUUAAAGGCAUAUAUCUAUCUGAUGUUAGAGUUACUGGUGGAAUGACGAAUCUGGGACUAAGUAACCUAGAAAAACUUUCAAUGCUUUACAUCAUAAACUCUAAUCUGGAAAGCGUUUCUAAAACAUUGCUUCCUUCGUCCCUAGAAUUACUUGUUUUACAAAACAAUAAGAUCAAGAUUUUAGAGGCUGGAACCUUCGGAACCUUGGAAAAACUCAUAUCUCUGAGCGUGCGCCAGAACCUCUUGGAAUACAUCGAAAGAAACGUUUUGCCUGAGCAGACAUCCCUUGAAUAUUUAGAAAUAAGUGACAACAGGCUUCGUGGUUUUUCCCCCGACUUUUUCACAAAUAUGCCAAACCUGAAAGUCAUCCGUGCCAGCAAUAACGAUAUCAAGUUUCUUCAGGAAGAAGUGUGGAGUGAUGUGUGGACUAACUUGAAAAUUAUUGAUAUAAACGGAAAUCCACUGGUAUGCAACUGGACCUUGUCUUGGAUUUUCGAUCUUGGCCUACCAAAAGAUAUAGUUGGCACAUGUGCUGAGCCUGAAAACUUAAAGGGGAUGUCUCUGAAGGCAUUGUCUAAAAACGAUCUGUAAUGAACACAGCUGUACUUUAUAAUGAUAUAUUUUAUGUGUUGCUUCCUAUGUAUGUUAUUUUAGUUUGUUAUCUGUAAAUUAUUACUUCAGAAAUCAAACUGUUACAUCUUUUGUGAUAAUAAACUCUGUAGGUUAACAUUCGUAAACCUUA